AUGGCGUCAGAUCUUACAAAAGUGGUCCCCUUGACCUGCCACGGACACUCUCGUCCCGUGCCGCAUAUCGACUUUUCUUCCACAGUAGAAGAUGACCAGUAUUAUCUCAUAUCCGCUUGCAAGGACAACAAUCCCAUGCUCCGGGACGGUAUCACCGGUGAUUGGAUUGGAACCUUCCUCGGCCAUAAAGGCGCAGUCUGGCAAGCCAGACUCUCAACAGACGCCACCAUAGCAGCAACAGCUGCGGCCGAUUUCUCCGCAAAGGUCUGGGACACUCACACAGGCGAAUGUCUCCACACGCUUCAGCACUCCCACAUCGUCCGGGCAGUUGCAUUUCCCAUGCAGCCAUCUCCCCAGGUUCUAGCCACAGGCGGCUUCGAAAAGAAGCUCCGCAUCUUCGACCUGUCCCGCAGCAACAGUGGUAGCAACUCAUCCUCGCCGACCUUCCCCGCAUCAACGGGGGAAAAUGGCACCGGAGUAACCAGCUAUGAGAUCGGCCCGGGUGUCCAUGGUGGAACCAUUAAAUCCAUCGUCUGGAACCAGGAUUACAAUAUCCUCACGACAGCCGCGGAAGAUCGUAAGAUCAGAUGGUGGGAUUUGCGCUCUCGUCACCCCGUCAUUGAGUACACCGUCGAGGGCACCAUCGGUAGCUGCGAAUUGAACACACUGGCCGUCCGUCCCAAUGACCCCGGCAUCCUUACCGUCGCCGCAGGCAAAUCCGUCUAUCUAUUCGAUGGCUCGAGCCCCGGCCGUCUGCUGAAGAAGACCGACUUCAGGUACGAGGUCGCUAGCGCCGCUGUCAACAAUGAAACUGGUCGCUUGGUGACCGGAAGUGCAGACGACACUUGGGCACGAGUUUAUGAUCUCCGGACGGAUGAAGAGCUGGAAGUCCAAAAAGGACACCAUGGCCCGAUCUGGUCUGUCAGUUUUUCACCCGACGGUAAACUCUACGGCACAGGAAGCGAGGAUGGCACGAUAAAAUUGUGGAAAGCAUGCAGAGAGCCAUACGGUUUAUGGAGGUGAAAGUAAAACCAUAUCUGUGAAAUGUCUUUUCA